AUGGGAAUCGAGAGCGGUGCUUUGCAAGAGCGCCUCCAGAGGUGGGCUCAACGGCUGAAGAAUCUCACAAUCUCACCGCUCACGCGAGACUAUCCCGAAUCCACGUCCACAGGGUCGUCCAAGCGAGCGAUUGAGGCAUUCGAGUCGUUAAAGCUCACUUCCGACGAGCAAUCGGCUGUAAAGAAGCUCUGUAAAUCCAAGGAGUCGACGUUUCUAGUUUUCCUCACUGCUCUCGUCGUCAUAGUCAGCCGAUUGACUGGGGACGAGGAUAUCGCCCUGGGGACAAGCUCUGAGAACGAUGGACGCCCGUUCGUAUUGCGCAUUCCGAUCAACCACAGCGAAACAUUUGCCCAAUUGCUUGACAGGGUGACCAAGAUAUAUGAAGAGAGCGUUUCGGAUAUUGUUCCACUAAGAACUCUUCGGACUCACAUCCAGAAGGCGUCUAAGCUCGAGCAGGAGCCAGUCCUCUUCCGUUUCGCCGCAUACGAUGCCCCCGCAGCGUCUCAGGAGUACCCUGCAAACACCUUCGAGACCACCGAUCUGCUCUUGAAUAUUGCAUCUACAGACUUUGAAGUGGGCGGCUAUUACAACCAGCGUCUCUUCUCCAGUGUUAGGAUCGCCACGAUACUUGCACAGAUCGUUCGUCUGGUGUACAAUGCAUCCCUCAACCCAGACGAAGCCAUUGGAAGGAUUGAGUUCCUUACAGAGUCUCAACGGGCUCUCCUACCAGACCCAACAAGCGAUCUGCACUGGUCUGAGUUCCGAGGAGGGAUUCACGAUAUCUUUUCUCGCAAUGCUGAGGCUCAUCCUGAAAAGCUUUGCGUUGUCGAGACCAAAUCUGCCUAUAACCCGCAUCGCGAAUUUACUUACCGACAAAUUCAUGAAGCUUCCAAUAUCCUUGCACACCAUCUUGUCCAGUCAGGUGUAGAAAGAGGCGAGGUCGUCAUGGUAUAUGCCCAUCGUGGUGUAGACCUUGUCGUUGCGGUUAUGGGUAUCUUGAAGGCUGGUGGAACCUUCUCCGUUAUCGAUCCAGCAUACCCCCCUGAGAGACAGAUCAUUUAUCUCGAUGUUGCACGGCCUCGAGCUUUGAUAAACAUCGAGAAGGCCACUCAAGACGCUGGUGAGCUCGCCGACUCGGUACGCGCAUUUAUUGAUCAAAAUCUAGAGCUCAGGACGGAGGUCCCUGCUCUAGUUCUACACGGCGAUGGCACUCUAGAAGGAGGUUCCGUUAACGGUGUAUCUGUCUUGGAAAAGCAAACAUCUCUCAAGUCAACCCCAGUUGGCGUCGUUGUCGGACCUGACUCCGCACCUACUCUCUCCUUUACCUCCGGAUCCGAAGGCCGUCCAAAGGGUGUUAAGGGAAGACACUUCUCUCUCGCCUACUACUUCCCAUGGAUGUCUAAGACGUUCAAACUCACCCCAGAUGACCGAUUCACCCUUCUCAGCGGUAUCGCACACGACCCGGUACAACGUGAUAUUUUCACACCCCUUUUUCUGGGUGCCCAACUCAUAGUCCCAUCGCGAGAAGAUAUCCAGAAUGAGCGUCUAGCAGAAUGGAUGCGUGAAUAUAAGGCAACAGUAACCCAUUUAACACCAGCUAUGGGUCAGAUCCUAGUCGGUGGAGCUACUGCUCAAUUCCCGUCGUUGCAUCAUGCGUUCUUCGUCGGUGAUGUCUUGAUUAAACGAGAUUGCCGAUCUCUUCAGAGCUUGGCGCCAAAUGUUAACAUUGUUAACAUGUAUGGUACCACCGAAACUCAGCGUGCUGUGAGUUAUUUCGAAAUCCCUUCCUCGGUAGAGCAAGUAGGAUAUCUCGAUACCGUGAAGGAUGUCAUCCCAGCAGGAAAGGGCAUGGUAGAUGUUCAGCUACUCGUCGUCAACCGAUUCGAUCGAACUAAAUUAUGUGCCAUUGGCGAAGUUGGAGAGAUUUACGUCCGAGCUGGUGGUCUUGCGGAAGGCUAUCUAGGUUCCCCUGAAUUGAAUGAAAAGAAGUUCAUCCCUAAUUGGUUCGUCGACCCUCAAACCUGGAAAGACAAAGAAAAGGAGCGCGCCGCUUCCUCCAACGAACCCUGGAGGGAAUUCUACGUUGGACCCCGAGAUCGUAUGUACCGCAGCGGUGAUCUGGGUAGAUACACUCCCACGGGUGAUGUUGAAUGCUCUGGAAGGGCUGAUGACCAAGUUAAGAUCCGUGGAUUCCGAAUCGAGCUAGGCGAAAUUGACACACACCUAUCUCGACAUCCUCUUGUUCGAGAGAAUGUGACACUGGUCAGACGAGACAAGUUCGAGGAGCCAACCCUAGUCAGCUACAUUGUGCCUCAAAUGGGUAAAUGGUCUUCAUGGUUAGAGCAAAAGGGGUUGAAAGAUGACACCUCAGCUGAGGGUAUGGUCGGAAUGCUGACUCGCUUCCGACCCCUUCGUGACGAUGCGAGGGAAUAUCUCCGUGGGAAACUUGCCUCCUACGCAGUCCCAACCGUCAUCAUCCCUCUACGAAGGAUGCCACUGAAUCCGAAUGGGAAAAUAGACAAACCAGCCCUUCCCUUCCCGGACACCGCUGAGCUCAGCGCUGCUGCUCCCCGCCGUCGUUCUUCAGUUCUUCAGGAGCUUUCAGACACUGAGCAAGAAGUAGCAAAGAUGUGGGCAAAGCUUCUCCCCAACAUCACCGCAAGAAUGAUUGGACCAAAUGACUCAUUCUUCGACCUCGGUGGCCACAGUAUCCUUGCGCAGCAGAUGUUCUUUGAACUCCGCAGGAAAUGGAGAAGCGUGGACAUUAGCAUGAGUGCUAUUUUCCGAAGCCCAACGCUUAGGGGUUUCUGUAAUGAAAUCUCGCGUAUCCAAGACAGCCAUUCGUUGACUGCCGACAAUCAAAGCCAGGAUGCCGAAGCUGCACAAGCCGAGAAGGUUGUUGCGGACGAAUACUCGAAAGAUGCUAAGGAGCUUGUUGACAAACUCCCUGCCAAGUUUACUUCCUCGGCUGAAACUACAUUGAAAGAAGGAUCAACGGUAUUUUUGACCGGUGCCACUGGUUUCCUUGGAGCAUAUAUCCUCCGCGACCUGCUCUCAAGGUCCAACCCCUCCCUCAAAGUGGUUUGCCUCGUGCGUGCUAAAUCUGCACAGCUAGCUCUUGAGCGUAUCCAGUCAACCUGCAAGGCUUAUGGAUUCUGGUCAGACUCAUGGACCAGCCAACUCGAGUGCAUCCAAGGUAACCUAGGAAAUGAAAAUCUCGGUCUCUCCAUGGAUCUUUUCAACGAUCUUGCAAACCGCGUGGACAUAGUAAUCCACAACGGUGCGCUUGUUCACUGGGUUUACCCCUAUUCCAACCUCAGGGGUCCUAAUGUUCUUGGAACUGUUGAUACUCUGCGCCUUUGUGCUACCGGGAAACCCAAACAAUACGCCUUCAUCAGUUCUACAAGUGUGUUAGAUACUGACUAUUAUGUGCAAGAAUCCGAGAGAAUUAUUGCCGAUGGUGGAUUAGGUAUUAGUGAAGCUGACGACCUUGCUGGAAGCAGCCAGGGGCUCGGUACUGGAUAUGGACAGAGUAAAUGGGCUGGAGAAUUCCUUGUUAGGGAGUCUGGAAAGAGAGGCCUACGGGGCGCUAUUGUUCGCCCCGGAUAUGUGACCGGAGACUCAACAUCAGGAAAUACUAACACUGAUGACUUCCUUAUCCGAAUGGUCAAGGGAUGUAUCCAACUCUCAUCACGACCGAAUAUUCACAAUACCAUAAACAUGGUGCCUGUGGAUCAUGUAGCACGAGUUGUCGUUGCUUCAGCCUUCCAUCCUCCAAAGCCAGAGCUUUCUGUUGCACAUGUCACCAGCCAUCCUCGUCUACGUUUCAACCAGUUCCUCGGCACACUACAAACGUAUGGCUAUGACGUUCCGCAAGUCGAUUAUGUGCCAUGGUCCAGCUCGCUGGAACAAUACGUGAAUGAUUCUCAGAACUCGGUUUCUCAGCACGCAUUGAUGCCACUAUAUCACUUUGUUACUGCUGAUCUCCCAUCGAACACCAGGGCGCCAGAAUUGGAUGAUGCCAAUGCUUCGGCAUCCCUUAAAUCAGACGCUAAAUGGUCUGGAGUUGAUGCUUCUACCGGCAGUGGUGUGACUGAAGAACUCAUGGGUCUUUAUCUCGCGUAUCUCGUCGCAAUCGGAUUCCUUUCGCCGCCACCUGCAGCUGGGGCCAAGCCUCUUCCCGCUGUUAGCCUUUCUGAUGCGCAAAAGGCUGCUCUUGCCAGUGUGGGCGGUCGUGGUGGUGCUUCUUAG